GGAGCUCUAUCUUAGUGCUGAGCUCAGUAUGUGGCGUCUGGCCCGCGCGCUCCGAGUGCAAGCUGUGAAGACCAGCAGAUUUUCCGGCCCUGGGAGCAGGCCUGCCGCCCUGAUGUCCACCCUACUGAUCAAUCAGCCCCAAUAUGCUUGGCUGCAGGAGCUGGGGUUGCGCGAGGAGAACGAGGGCGUGUAUAAUGGAAGUUGGGGCGGCCGGGGAGAGGUUAUUACAACCUAUUGUCCAGCUAACAAUGAACCAAUUGCAAGAGUUCGACAGGCCAGUAUGGAAGACUAUGAAGAAACCGUAAGGAAAGCCAGAGAAGCUUGGAAAGUUUGGGCGGAUGUUCCUGCCCCAAAGCGAGGAGAAAUAGUAAGACAGAUUGGUGAUGCCUUGCGGGAGAAGAUCCGUGUACUGGGAAACUUGGUGUCUUUGGAGAUGGGAAAGAUCUUAGUGGAAGGCGUGGGAGAGGUUCAGGAGUACGUGGACAUUUGUGAUUACGCUGUUGGCCUGUCAAGGAUGAUCGGAGGACCCAUCUUGCCUUCUGAAAGACCUGGCCAUGCUCUCAUUGAACAGUGGAAUCCACUAGGCCUGGUUGGAAUCAUCACUGCCUUCAACUUCCCUGUGGCCGUGUACGGCUGGAACAAUGCCAUUGCCAUGAUCUCAGGAAAUGUCUGCCUUUGGAAAGGAGCUCCAACAACUUCCCUCAUUAGCGUAGCAGUCACAAAGAUCGUAGCCAGGGUUCUGGAAGACAACAAACUGCCUGGUGCCAUUUGUUCUCUGACUUGUGGUGGAGCAGAUAUUGGCACAGCGAUGGCCAAAGAUGAGCGUGUGAACCUGCUGUCCUUCACUGGGAGCACACAGGUGGGGAAGCAGGUGGCCCUGAUGGUGCAGGAGAGGUUUGGGAAAAGUUUGUUAGAGCUUGGAGGAAACAAUGCUAUCAUUGCUUUCGAGGAUGCAGACCUCAGCUUAGUCGUCCCAUCAGCUCUGUUUGCUGCUGUGGGGACAGCUGGCCAGAGGUGCACCACUGUGAGGCGGCUGUUUUUGCAUGAAAGCAUCCAUGAUGAAGUUGUAAAUAGACUUAAAAAAGCCUAUGCACAGAUCCGAGUUGGGAACCCCUGGGACUCUAAUGUUCUCUAUGGACCACUCCAUACCAAACACGCAGUGAGCAUGUUUCUUGGAGCCGUGGAGGAAGCAAAGAAAGAAGGUGGCACAGUGGUCUGUGGGGGCAAGGUUAUGGAUCGCCCUGGCAAUUACGUGGAACCCACCAUUGUGACAGGUCUUGCCCACGAUGCAGCCAUUGCACACACAGAAACGUUUGCUCCGAUUCUCUAUGUCUUCAAAUUCAAGAAUGAGGAAGAGGUCUUCGCAUGGAAUAAUGAAGUGAAACAGGGACUUUCAAGCAGCAUCUUUACCAAGGAUUUGGGCAGAAUCUUCCGCUGGCUUGGACCUAAGGGUUCAGACUGCGGCAUUGUGAAUGUCAAUAUUCCUACCAGUGGGGCAGAGAUUGGCGGUGCAUUUGGAGGAGAAAAACACACUGGUGGUGGCAGGGAGUCAGGCAGUGACGCCUGGAAGCAGUACAUGCGGAGAUCUACGUGCACCAUCAACUACAGUAAAGCCCUUCCAUUGGCCCAGGGAAUCAAGUUUCAGUGAUGGUGUUUCCAGCUGGCAUCACUUAGGCAUUCCUAUAGCUGCUCUGAAGAAGACCAAGAAGAAUUCAAUUUACCCCGAAUAAAUGAUCAUUCUGUAUAUGAUGUUGGCUAAUUUCCAGUGAUCCUGAAGCCUGACUAAAUCAAGAGACUCAUUUUUAAAAGAACCAAAAUAAAAUAUUCACAACAUAACCAUGUUUAACAAAAGAUA